AUGGCGGAGGCGGCAGAGUCUCCUGGAGACCCGCGUACCACAUCGCCCAGGCCCCUGUUUGCAGGCCUUUCAGAAAUAUCUAUCUCACAAGACAUCCCUGUGGAAGGAGAAAUCACCAUUCCUAUGAGAUCUCGCAUUCGGGAACUUGACAGCUCCACAUUAAAUGAAUCGGUUCAGAAUACCAUUAUGCGUGAUCUAAAAGCUGUUGGGAAAAAAUUCAUGCAUGUUUUAUACCCAAGGAAAAGUAAUACUCUCUUGAGAGAUUGGGAUUUAUGGGGCCCUUUGGUCCUUUGUGUGACACUCGCACUAAUGCUUCAAAGAGGCUCUGCAGAUAAUGAAAAUGAUGGAGGGCCCCAGUUUGCAGAAGUGUUUGUCAUUAUCUGGUUUGGUGCAGUUACCAUCACCCUCAACUCAAAACUUCUUGGAGGAAAUAUAUCUUUUUUUCAGAGCCUCUGUGUGCUGGGCUAUUGUAUACUUCCCUUGACAGUGGCAUUGCUGGUUUGUCGGCUGGUACUUUUGGCUAAGCCAGGACCAAUAAACUUCAUAGUCCGGCUUUUUGUGGUGAUCGUGAUGUUUGCCUGGUCUAUAGUAGCCUCUACAGCUUUUCUUGCUGACAGCCAGCCUCCAAAUCGCAAAGCCCUUGCCAUUUAUCCUGUUUUCUUGUUCUAUUUUGUUAUCAGUUGGAUGAUUCUCACCUUUACUCCUUAG